CCUGUGCUAGUGCUCGGGUCUGUGUGGUUACCUACGUGAAGUCCCGGCUUGCGGCCUCCUGAGAAUUCAGUCACCGGAGGUGCCAGGGAAGUGCCAAAGUUGGCGGCAACAACGCCCCCCGAUUUCAGCUGCACCCCAAUCCCGGUACCGGUCGUCUAGUCCGAAGCACACGUCUAAUACUAGGCAUCUAAAGCUAGGAGCCCCUUCGGGAGAGGCAGAGACAUGCCGAGUGUCAGCCUCCCUCCUAAGGAGAACGCUCUCUUCAAAAGAAUCCUGAGAUGUUAUGAGCACAAGCAAUAUCGAAAUGGGUUGAAAUUUUGCAAACAGAUUCUUUCCAAUCCCAAGUUUGCUGAACAUGGGGAAACUCUAGCAAUGAAAGGAUUGACCUUAAACUGUCUUGGGAAAAAAGAGGAUGCGUAUGAACUUGUGCGAAGAGGACUCAGAAAUGAUCUCAAGAGCCAUGUUUGUUGGCAUGUGUAUGGUCUUUUGCAAAGAUCAGAUAAAAAAUAUGAUGAGGCCAUCAAGUGUUACAGGAAUGCCCUGAAAUGGGACAAAGACAAUCUCCAGAUCUUGAGGGACCUCUCUCUUCUUCAGAUCCAGAUGAGAGAUUUGGAAGGAUAUAGGGAAACUAGGUACCAGUUAUUGCAAUUGAGACCUGCUCAAAGGGCAUCAUGGAUUGGAUAUGCUAUUGCUUAUCAUUUAUUAGAAGAUUAUGAGAUGGCUGCAAAGAUAUUGGAAGAAUUUCGCAAGACCCAGCAGACAUCUCCAGACAAAGUCGAUUAUGAAUACAGUGAACUGCUGCUUUAUCAAAAUCAAGUUCUCCGAGAGGCAGGGCUCUUCAAGGAGGCGCUAGAUCAGCUCAGCACCUAUGAGAAACAAAUCUGUGAUAAAUUAGCUGUUGAAGAAACAAAAGGAGAUUUGCUGUUACAUUUGGGCCGACUAGAAGAAGCAGCAGAUGUUUACAGGGGACUACAAGACAGGAGUCCUGAGAACUGGGCCUAUUACACGGGUUUAGAGAAUGCACUUAAACCAGCCAGCAUGGAAGAGAGACUAAAAAUCUAUGAAGAUAGUUGGACAAAAUAUCCAAGGGGGCUGUUGCCAAGGCGGCUACCUUUAAGUUUUCUUUCUGGGGGAAAGUUUAGAGAAUGUCUUGACAAAUAUCUAAGGAUGAACUUUAGCAAAGGUUGCCCUCCUGUCUUCAACACCUUAAGGUCAUUAUAUGGUGAUAAAGAGAAGGUGGAGAUUAUCGAAGAUCUAGUAGUUGGUUAUGAGACAUCUUUAAAAAGUUGCCGGUUGUUUAACAUUAAUGAUGAUGGGAAGGAAGAGCCACCAACAACGUUGCUGUGGGUUCAGUACUACUUGGCCCAGCACUAUGAUAAGAUCGGUCAACCAAUUAUUGCACUUGAAUAUAUUAAUGAAGCAAUUGAUAGCACGCCAACUUUGAUUGAACUUUUCCUUGUGAAAGCAAAAAUUUAUAAGCAUGCUGGUAAUAUAAAGGAAGCAGCAAAAUGGAUGGAUGAAGCACAGGCACUGGACACAGCUGACAGGUUUAUUAACUCGAAGUGUGCAAAGUAUAUGCUAAAGGCUAACAUGAUAAAAGAAGCUGAAGAAAUGUGCUCAAAAUUUACAAGGGAAGGAACAUCUGCAGUUGAGAAUCUAAAUGAAAUGCAGUGCAUGUGGUUCCAGACAGAGUGUGCACAGGCUUACAAAUCUAUGAAUAAAUAUGGUGAAGCACUUAAGAAAUGUCAUGAAAUUGAGAGACAUUUUGUAGAGAUCACAGAUGACCAGUUUGACUUCCACACCUACUGCAUGAGAAAAAUUACACUCCGAUCAUAUGUGGACUUGUUAAAAUUAGAAGAUGUACUAAGACAACAUCCAUUUUACUUCAAAGCUGCCCGAAUUGCCAUUGAGAUUUAUCUGAAACUUCAUGAUAAACCCUUAACAGAUGAAAAUAAGGAGCAUGAGGCCGACACAGCCAAUAUGUCUGAUAAAGAACUGAAGAAACUCCGAAAUAAACAAAGGAGAGCACAGAAGAAAGCUCAGCUAGAAGAAGAGAAGAAAAUUGCAGAGAAAGAGAAACAGCAGAGGAAUCAGAAGAAGAAAAAGGAAGAUGAUGAUGAGGAGAUCGGUGGACCAAAGGAAGAACUUAUUCCUGAAAAGCUGGCCAAGGUUGAUAAUCCAUUGGAAGAAGCUGUUAAAUUUUUAACUCCUUUAAAGAACUUGGUAAAGAACAAAAUUGAGACACAUCUUUAUGCUUUUGAAAUUUACUUCAGAAAAGAUAAGUUCUUAUUGAUGCUGCAGUCUGUUAAGAGGGCAUUUGCUAUCGACCCCUCCCAUCCUUGGCUUCACGAAUGUAUGGUCAAGUUCUUUUGUGCAGUAUCGGAAAGCAAAGACUUACAUGAAUCAGUUAGGACGGUAUUAAAAGAAGAGAUGAAAAAACUGUUUGGAGAAACAACCCCUGCAGAUUUUAACCAUGCUUUUCUGAAAGAAAAUAUAAACUCCAUACCACACAGAUUAUCAGCUGCCAAAAUGAUGUAUUACCUGGAUAGUUCUAGUGAGAGACGAGCAAUAGAAUUGUCCACAGCAGUAGACGAAUCACUCAUUAAUAGAAGUCUCCAGACUUGUAUUCAAGUUCUGGAAUCCUUGCGUGAUGGUAGCUUAGGAGAUAGCAAAGAUGCCGCAGAAUCUUAUAGAGUCGUCUGCUACAAGCUCUUCCCUUAUGCUUUAGCUUUUUUGCCACCUGGAUAUGAAGAGGACAUGAGUAUCACAAUUAAUGGAGAUAGUUCUGCAGAACCAGAAGAACUUGCUAAUGAAAUGUGAACAGCUUAUGAUGAAAACAGACUUUGGACCAUAUCAACUAUGUAAUAUUUUUGUCACGCACCUGCUGUAUCGCUCUGUAACUUAUGUGAAGAAUGAAAGGAGUAAAAAAAUUGUUGCCUUUAAUUAUUGUUUUACUUUUUCCUUUUUUAUCCUGCUGAAAAAAUUCUCUAUAUAAUAUCUGUUACAGGAUAUUGGUGGAACAGUUUCUUAAAAAUAAAACUUGCUGCUAAAAAUUGGAAGAGGGGCAAAAACUGAAUGGAGUAUCUGUUUUUUUAAACUAUUUAUGUAGAAUUUGUUACAGUGGUAAGAGCAGGUGUGUGGCAGAAAUAUUACUAACAAUUUGUCUUUUAGAGAUUACUUUUCUUGGACAGCAUACUCCUAAUCAGUAUCAGAGGUGCCUGCAAAAGCUGUGGUGUAGUGCGAGAUAUUCAGGCAUUGGGGUGUCAUAAUGCUGUUUUAGCACUGGAUUUUGUUCCUUUACUGAGCACAAGGAUGUUUGGGGUUUGGGCAUGUUGUCCGCUCCUGGUCAUCUGAAGUACUCCAUGUGAAAUAUAGAUUGCAGAGACCUAGACAAGAGUUUCAUCAUCUGGAAUUCAAACUGAACGAAUUGUCUGGAGAACAUAGGCGUGGGUGUCCUUUGAAGUUCACUGGACACCAGUAAGUUUGGUGUGUACUUUUUUGUGAACCAUUUUAGAAUAACCUAUUUGAAAGAAACUUAAUAUUCUCCUUAAUUAUCAUUAAAAUGGAGGGGUGGCACAAGUAUUUUUUUUUUUUUUUUUUUUGCCAAACAUCAAAAUACAGAAACCAAAAGAUUUAAUGCACUGUGAUGUGGCACCAACUGAACAGUUAAGAAUAGCCCUCCUUGGUGGGAUAUUGCCAAGAACAAAGUUUCCUGACUUCCCAUUUGUAUUGAAUAAUCAGGAGACAGAUAAUUAAAAACCUACAGACCUUGUUCAUGUUAUGCAGAUAAAAGAAGUGCUGCAUUUUUAGAUACCUCUGGAUUUUUCCACAGUCACAGGUUUGUAAUACUUGAAGCCCUACGUUUCUAUGAAUUCUAUUUCUUGCUCAGUUUAAUCAGGCAUGCUCCAGACUGUAACGGGGCACCAGAGCAUCUUUUUUUUCCCAAUAACAAACCAGCUUCUAAUUCCUGCAGUUACAAGUCAUUUCCUUUUUGUUGUUAAACAUAAGGUACCAAAUAUAAUGCAAUAAAACCUUUUGAAAAACA